CUUGUACAUGCUUCCGCCCUAUAAAUAAGCAAUAGGGCACAAGUAAAUACGUUCAGCAACUUGGAAAAAUUAUGACAUCUUCAUAUUCAACGAUGCAGAAUAAACAUGUAUAAGGAUUAAAUGAGUACGCAGGUUUGCAUCAUUUUGAUCACCAUGUUGUAUUGAAAGCAUCCUCUUCCUUCCUCGUGGACCGUUCCAAAGUCUUCAGAAUGUGUCCACAUCUACUACUCUCAAUCUAACAAACUCAUCUCUGCCACAUCAUCCACAUUUCCACUAUGAAUCCACAUCACCACAUAUCUACUCCCGGUUUCUUUAUGCCAGAUAAGGGGAUUUCUCCCCGCCAGGGUGGAAACUCUGCCAUUAACUACCCACCUAAUUCUAUUUUAGGGGGAUACUCCCUAACAGAUAGUCCGUAUAACAUUCGAUUACCCAUCAAAGAAGAAAUGGGUGAACCAAAGCACGACAGUGCCAAAGUGGAUUUGUAUUCCAUGGCGGAUGACAAGGGAAGCUUAGGGGUCAUGAACUCCUUCCCGGAGGCCAAUGAUCAGACAAGCCCGAUAACGCCUGUUUCACAAUCCACAUCUCACCUUCAUCCAUACCGUCCAUCUGCUAAUUCCGGCGACGCUAUGCUCAGUGCCAUUAAUUAUCACAAUGAAAAUGAGAUAUUGCAAGAUGGACCCUUUGAUGUGUCCGUGGCAGGGACACUUCCUAAUCUGGAUGAUGGAAUGAUUCUGCCCAAUAUGGGACCGCAGGAUUUGUUCGACGGAGAGGGAAACAUGGAUGAACCCUACGAUAUGGAUGAGGCCUUUGGAGACCCAACACUGGAAGGCAAUUUGGGUUCAGUCAUGGAUGCUGAUAGUUUGGGUAUAGACCCAAGACUUGGUGAGGGAGGGGGUAAGAAGAAAAUGAAAGGCAAAGGGAUCAGGACUCCUCCCCAUGGAUCCCCGGCCAGAAACUCAAACUCGCUGAUGUGUACAACAUGCAACAAGUCGUUCAAUAACACUAGUGCCUUGGCUAAACACAGGCUCACUCACAGUGAUGAGCGGAAGUAUGUCUGUAACCUCUGUCAGAAAGCCUUUAAGAGACAAGAUCAUCUUAAUGGUCAUCUGAUGACACAUCGAGAAAAGAAGCCUUACGAAUGCACCGUUGAGAAUUGUCAGAAGAGCUACUGUGAUGCUAGGUCUCUGAGGCGCCACUUGGAAAACCACCACAACCAGUCACCAGAGCAGAUCCAGGAAGCCAUCGCAAAAGUUGCACAAAAUGCUGCUGCUGUCAUUGCUGCUGCAGCAGCUUCCAACUCUGCCUCCAUCAAAGCCGGGACGACAUCCACUCAAGCCAGUCCAGGGAGUGGCAGUGCAUCGUCUGCCAUGUCUGGAAGCUCGGUGGGGAAUCACAGUUCUCAUAGUGAUGCCACUUUACCGGCCAUUGAAGGGGGAGGGUACGGGUCACAGUAUGCCAGUGAAAGUUCAACUCCGGUGACAAGUCCCACUUAUGGUGCACAGCAUGCACCGUCUAACGCUUUUCAGUAUGAACAGCAACAGUCACAGAUGGGACAAGGUGGCCAGCAACGGGGUAUGGGAGACCUGAUGCAACCAGCUCAGGUGUCUCAACAUGCUGUUCACGAGUGGCAACUUAAGUUGCAACAAGAGCAAGAGCAACAGGCAGCAGCCCAGGCUUUAAAAGAAUUUCAAAUGAAGUUGCAGCAACAACAACAACAACAACAGCAGUUCACCCAGCAACCUAUCCCUCAAGAUUCGUCCAUUUUUGGGAUCCUGGAGGCUGAACAGCAACAUGCAGAUCAGCAAGCUGUCCAUGAUCUGCAACUUAAACUGCAGCAGCACCAACAGGCUGCCCAGCAGGCUCAAAUUCAACAGCAACAACAGGUUACUCUUUCUUCCCAGUUGCAACAAUCGCAACAAGCACAAAUGCACCAGGCUUCCCAGAUGCAGCAACAUCAGGCUCAAGAGCUACACCAACUACAGAUAGGAUUGCAGCAACAAUUACAGCCUGUUGCACAAAAUAAAGAUGUGGUUGUUUCACCAGGGAUGCAGCAACCAUUGGCAUACCAUGGACAAACUUGGCAGGCUACUUCAAUGAACCCUGGUGUGAAGCAAGAGACCCACCCCCUCAGUUCUGCCCCAGCUGAUGAGACGUCCGCCAAUUACCUUGGACAGGUCAGCCCAAUAAGUCCCGCUCCUAACCAACUGCCUAACGCAGCCCGCCUGCUAAACGCAUUGGGUGGCGUUUUACCUCAGUCCUUUCAACCAAAUGGAAAUGACCAGAAGUUGAUGGAUGAUUCCAAACCUGUAGUCUGCAACAUUUGUGAUCGAAAGUUUAAAAAUAUUCAGGCAUUGAAUGGACAUAUGAGGUUACAUGGUGGAUACUUUAAGAAAGAAGUUAAAGAUGACAAGAAGGGUAAGAAGAUGAACCCCUUGAUGGCCCCUCCUUCUCCUGUGGGUCAAAAACCAGGGAUCCUGGGGCAAGCAUUCCCUGCAACUAUGGACCAAGUGGGAUCCUCCCCAAAUCCUCACAAUCCAAUGCAAUUUGCCAUACAAUCACCAGUACCUCCCGACUCACCCAUGACCGAGUCACCAGGCAUGUUCAAACCGGCCCAACCCCCUCAGGCACAGUACUGGGAUCAACUGCAGGAGCAACAGAUUCAGCAACUUCUGCAACAAGAUCACACUCAGCAACAAAUUCCAAACAGCCUGGAGCAACAGCAAGACCAUUUGCAGAAAAUGCAAAUAUCUCACCAAGUUCUUCACCCCCAGCGCUCGAUUGAAUCAGGCGAGUUUAAUUACGACAAUGUGAGACCACCAGUGACUCAGAUGCGAGUGCAGACCACUCAGCACCAAACAGCGAGUUCAAUGGAGACUCAGGAAUAUCCCAGCAACCUGGCAGCUCAGAUACAGCAGCAGCUUGCUCAGCAACAGAUCCAGCAACAGCAACAAGUUGCCCAACAGCAACAGAGAACUAUAGACAGUUUUAGUUCACAGAUUCCAAACACUCACAUUAAUUUGAAUUCCUUACCCAUCCCCAUGAACCCAACAAAUGUGCCGUCUACAUCGAGUCCUCAUCCCCCCAAAUUUGCUCAAAGUAUCCCCUCCCCAUAUGGGUCUCAACAAGUGAAACCUGAAGUUGGGGCGUCGGUAGCUGACCCACUUUCUCAACUUGUCUCCAGUCAUGUGACCUUAGUUUCAACGUCUAAAAAUCAAGGAAUGACAGUUGCUCAGCUGCUGAACAGCAUGGAGACUGCUGAAGGGCUGAAACAGUUUGAAUUAGUUGAUUCUCUUCCUGUAUCAUCAGAAAAAGCAGGAAAUAGAACUGUGAACGUUGGUAAAGGUGGUAUUUUACACACUGCAGUGACUAGUAGUGCUUCUUCAAGUCUGUAUCCAGGAAUGGAACAUUCAAACCCAACUGAUUUUGUGAAAGAUAUGGAUUACAAUUCAGCUUUGGAUGAUAUUAAUAACACUAUAGCCAAACAUGAAAUGUUGGACCGCAGGCAUAGUGCAGAAGCAGUGGAAGUUAACCCCUUUUCGUUUCCUACAGUGAAUUUCUCAAACAAUGGAAGAGAAAAGGUAGAAAGUAAAGAGCCUAAGAAAAUCGACGAAAGUGAUAGACACAAAGAGUUAAAGCGUAGACUUUCAGGAAGUGACUAUGAAAAACCAAAGACGAUGGUGAACUUCUCUAACCAAAAUUAUUCAGCCAAAGAGGAGCCAUUUGUUAAACCAUCUCCGUCCAUCUGUAGCCCGGAAGCAAGACAGCGAAUGAGAAGUAAAUCAGGAGAUGACUUCAAACUUCUGCGGUCAAUAAGUGUGGAUAAUACAUUCAUGAGGCCAAGAAGCAGAACAGAGGCAUCGCUACACAAGUAUAAAUCUCAUGACGGCAACUGGGACUCAACAAAACUGUCCAAGUCGGACGGAGCUGGUCAAUUCCGGAACCCAAAUUCACUGGGAACAUUAAAAAUGAAGAGAAAGCACCGCCCAUCUCCUCUGUUUAUUCCCAGUUACCUGAACAACUCUGGAUUUCAGAGUCGGCUUAGAUCUCCUCGGAUUCUACAGGGGGAAUCUCGUACUGGAAAUACCCCACCCCCAUACACCCCUCCCCCCAUGUUGAGCCCCAUACGCAGUGGCCCUGGACUUUUCUGUUCUCUGUCAGGGUAUCCACACGUACCCAUCACCCCAAAGUCGGCCCCACUGACCCCCAGGAAUUCUCUGCUGAUGUCAGCUCGAAGUUGUUCCAUCAAGUCGGACAUUGGAGAUAUAGCUGAGGAGGAGGAACCACAACCCGAGGAAGCAUCUGAACCACCCCCAGAAACUGACGUUCUACCGCAUGUGAAUAUUGGAAGCCAGUAUCAAGCAGAAAUACCCCCAUACAAUGAGAACAGAUCAGAGGUCAUGAAAGUUGUCUGUAAAGAAGACCUGGUCUGGGCCCCGUCCUCCGUUGGAGAUAACUCAGAGGAAGAUGUGCAAUAUUAUCAGGAAUUCAGUUGUAGUGCUGCUGUGUCAGGAAAUGGAUGCAAUGUGGAAUAUGCUCUGCAUGUCCUUCACCUUCUCAAGGGCAAUAUCAAGGAUGCCAUGUUAAAACUAAUGGAAGGAGCGAUCUCAUUACCCAGUAAACAUACUUUGUUAGAUUACAAGUAUCAAGAAACUGACCAGUGGACCUCAGACGAAAUAGAAAAGUACCAACAAGCUUUAUGGAAAUGUGAUAAGGAUUUCUUUGCAAUAUCAAAAGAGAUUGGAACAAAAACCACCAAAGAGUGUCUUCAUUUCUACUAUCUGUGGAAGAAAGUUUGCCCCGACGAACAUAAAAGAUUACGGAUCAUCCGUCGCAAACGAGAGCACGACCGUCUGUAUAACCUACGAUCUCAACAAGCUGCGACUCAGCCCCAGAACCAGCAGGCAACCACAGAUAAUUCAAGCUUUGUGAAACCUGAAGAAAAUGAUUUAAUGGAGUCUGACUCAGAAUCCAUUGAAUCCAUGGAGACAGACAAUCAAACUGACAAAGAUGACACCCAAUCAGUUUCCUCAUCAGUCAGUGCCUCACCUGUGCCUACCUAUACUUGUGAUUACCCAGACUGCAUGGCUAGUUUUACUUCAAAGCAAGGACUGAAUGGUCACAUUCGUAUUCACGGAGGAGGGUUGUCAACAAAGGGAACCCCAAGCGAAAGUGGUGGACCCCAAGACAGUAGAGGGGUGUCCCAUGAGGCACGAGGGCCAGGACGGCCAUCCACCAAACCCCCCGCAAAUAAACCCUCCCCCAACAGGGACGAGUCAACGGAAGUGUUUCCUUGUAAACUCUGUGGAAGAGUGUUUGCUAAAGUGAAGAGUAGAAGUGCUCACAUGAAAAGCCAUCGAAUGGCGGAGAACGAGAAAAACAAGAUGAAACAGAACAACAAUGUAGACAUAUCUGUGAACUCAAUACAGGGGUCGCCGUUUCGGUGAGUUCCCCCCGUGCUGAAUGAUUCCUGGUGCUUUAAUCAGAAAGUGACCUAUUGAACAUGGCAGUCUACCACUACAAAUUAAGGCAGCUUCUUUUGUUUUCAAGAGGAAAUGGGAAAACAUCGUAGUUUUAUUAUAUAUGUAUACACGAUAUUGGACCACGAGUGGAUAGAAAGGGAAAAAAAAAAAGAACGAAACAGGGUAUAAGCAAGAACAGGAAAAGGAAGGAUACCGGAGGUAUAAGAAAGAAAGCGUGUGGAAUCUCUACAAUUACGGGUGUGUUGUAAGCUUGUCCUGUGAUUUUGAGAACUUGGGAGAGGAUCUGCGUCGACAAACUUGGCAUUAUUAGCAGAAUUUGAAGCUGUUCAUUUACUUUCUGAAAGUCGGAGAUUUUUAUUUACUUAUAAGAUUACUGUCUUAUUAAGGUUUUGUUAUCACACUGUCAUGUGCAUUUUGCAUUUUGGGAACUUGCAGUGAAUUUGUGUUAUAAAACGUAGGGGUCAUUUGUUAAAUUCUUUUUUUUUUACCCCACGAAUCUGUUAAAAGUCAUUUGAUCUCUAUAUAUACAUGUAGUAUGUUAGUGUCCUAAAGUAUAAUGUGGACACUGUUGAAGCAUGUUAAUUUUUAGGCUUUGCAAUCAUUUCAUUGAAACAAAAUGUAAUAGGAAUUGAGAAAAUAGGGUGAUAAGCAUGAAGAGUAAAAAAAUAAAGUAUGGGAGGCAUUUAGUAGACUGUACUCAUUGGCAGUGAUGACAUCCGGUGAUUGGGAGUUGGAGGCUGGGUUUGUGAUGGCAGAUUCUUCGUGAGCGAUUUGGUAGAAAGGGUCCAAUGCUUUGUCUGUGAUUUUGUUACGUGAUUUGGACCUUCACUGGUCUUAAUAUGUUAUUGGCAUUCCAUGAGAGCAUACACUAUAUGUACAAAUUGAGGAAUUUUUUUUCCGUUCAUUUAUCUGAAUCAUUUUUUUAACAAAGAAAAUUGGAGUUGUGAAAUAAUAGGAUGCUAUGUGUACUUUUUGGUAGUGUUUCGGAAAUCUAGCACAUUCUUUUAAAAUGAAUGAUAAUGUCAUUGCACAAGAACAAACAAAUGCUGACAUCCGGACUUUGUUAUUGAUUUGUCAUAUAUAUGUACUAAGAAUGAGCUAAAGAAUUGUUAUGCGGGAAUGUAGAGGGGGUAUCAGGAGGGGUCCAGACCCCUAGCCCCUGCAAAAUACAAAUUUUUAAAAAUUACAUUAUAAAAUUACGGUACCAAAAAUUUUCUCAAACCAACCCACACGCCCCACCACCGGCAAACUCAAAUAACCGUUGAAUCCACUACCCAUGGAAAAAAUUUCUGGAUCCGCACAUGAUUGUAGUACACAUAUAUUCAGAGGCAGCUCAUUAGGCCUUAGUGCCUGCUAUGUUACAUGUUUGUUGAAUGGUUAAAGUAACACUAAAAAUAAGUACACAGCAGUUUUGGAGUUGGAGUUGAGAUUGAAUUUAACUUGAACUGCAAAAGGAAGUUUUUUUUGGGGGGGGGGGGGGGGUUAAAGUGAUAAAAAAAAUCUGGACCAUAUGGUAUCUUGACAGAAAUUUUUGAUGAUGAAAUCUUGCCAGGUUUACAGAUUUCAUAAAUAUACAUGUAUCUAGGUAAUUUUCACAUGUAUAUGUACCUAGGACUACUUUGCUUUCAUUGAAUGUCAACAAAAAAUUAGUGCUUGUAUUAAAUACCAUGCCUGUAAUGUGUGUGUGUAUGUAAUGUGAUUAGGUUGUUCCUUUAUUAUUAUUGUUAAAUAUUAUUAUCAUUUAUGUGUUUUACAGCCAUAUGUUUUGAAUUGUGCUUUCAUAUUGCAUGUAUUUUUUGUUAUUGUCUCACGUCAUAAAUUCUAUUUACUUGUUACUAAAGCUUGUCCAUUUGUGAAGUAGAUUCUAAUUAAGAAAUGAAAUAUAUAGGAUUGAAACUUGACUUGUUUUUUUUAACCAAAGAAACAGUUUUUAGGGACAUGGAAUCGAGGACUGUUUUGUUUAACUCAUCAGUACUUAAUUAAUUAGUUUGUAAUGUGGAAUGUUACAAUGCAAAUAUCAGUCGUGCAAUUCUCUAAUGAGAAAUUUGUCAUAGUUACGUGUUUUAAAAAAUCUGUUUUGCAGUUAAAACAAUCUCUGAACAUAUAUAUGUGUGCAAUAUUAGAAUCAUCCACCUGUUAUAUAUAUAUAUAUUUUUUCCUCUUCCAUAGACCUUGUGCGAGUGUUGAGUUAUUUCAUAGUUAUAGAGUGAACACUAUACGCAUUUAGCCAACACCUUUCUUUAAAUGUUAAAACUUCUCUGUUUUAUCUUUAAUAGUUUUACUUUUUAAACACAUACAUGCUUAAUUAGGAUAGAUGAAAAAAAAAAUUGAGAUUUUUUUUUGGAGACUUUUUUUAGUGCGAUUUUUUUUUUUUAAGCAACAAAAGUCAUUCUUGACUGUUAUAAGCUAGGUUCCUUGAGGAGAUUAUACAUAUCAAUUUCUGUUUUAUCUUCAAGUCACAAAGCAUGUUCAUAUUUUCAGUGAAAAUCACGGUAUCGUUAAAAGUAAUGAAUUUUUUUUUUUUUUAGCAAACCACUUUUAUUUUUGUGCUAAUUUUGAAUGUUGUUUUUACAAAAGCAUUACUAAAGGUUUUAUAUAGGCUCAAAUUGGAAAAAAAAAAUCCCGUGAUUAUGAAUCCUCAUUAUUUGUUAGGUUAGGUUAGGUCAUCUCUGAAUAGAUUUCUUAAUGUAAAAAUGUUUACUUUUAUUACCUGAUUGCAUUCAGGUUAACAUAUUUUGGGUUACCUAUAUUUUGUAAUACAUGUGUAAUUAUUAAUUAAUUAAUUAAUAAUUAUUCUAAACUACAUUAUGUAGAACUCUUUAAUUUUAACUAGUUAUCAUUGUGUGUGGUUGUUUACUUUUAAUCGGACAUUUCUGUACAUAUUCACCUACUAGUGCUGUAAAUAUUUUAAACAAUUUUUUUUUCAAAUCAUGUGAAAAAGCUGUUCUUAUGUUCCAUUAAUUUUUACUAUAUUUUUGUUUGUUUGUUUGUUACCAUAAGUCAGCCAAUGCUCAAUUUGUUAAACGUACGUUCUUAAAAUCAUGUUUUAAAUAUCUAUAAAUGUUGAGAUUUUACAGAAAGCAUGGCAUUCGUUUUAAACUGUUAUUCCUCAUGGCUAUAAAUCUAUCAUUUAUUGUUUUGUAAAUCAUUAUGUCUGAGAGAAUCAUUAGCACAGUCUUAAAUAGAGAUGUUGUUAGGGGAUUUCUCUAUAAGCUUACACUUGUAUGUCAAUAUCAAAAAGCUACUUUCCCAAAAUUUGUUUUUUUAAAUCAGCUGAUAAAUACUGUACUAGAUUAUGAUACAUGAUAUUGAAAAUUAUCAAAAAGUACCGUAAUGAAAUAUUUAAAAACUGGCCACUAUUUGUUUUUGUUUUUAAAUACCUAUUUGAAGUCCCAGCCACAGAAGUAUUGACCACUGUUGUAACUGAUAUUAGUACUUAAAAUGAUGAUUUUUAACCUUCCACCCCCAAGAAAUAGUAUUUUCACAAAAUUAUGUCGUCCCCCCCCCCCCCCCC